AUGAAAUCGUUCGUUGUGUUCGCUGUCAUCGCUACUGCUAUUGCUGCCGUAAGCUGUGCCCCACAGUUUGGAUUCGGAUCGUCCGGAGCAGGAGCCAAUGCCGCAUCGCAGGGAAUGGGAAUGGGAGGAGGAUUCCCCGGUAUGGGCGGCGGAAUGAGUUCCUCGAACGCGAACGCUGGUGCUCAAGGUGUCGGAAUGGGCGGCGGAUUUCCCGGAAUGGGUGGCGGCAUGGGAGCUUCAUCUGCCAAUGCUGGUGCUGUUUCUCAAGGUUUCGGAAUGGGUGGAUUCCCCGGUAUGGGAGGUGGCAUGAGUGCAUCGAACGCGAACGCCGGAGCACAAGGAAUGGGCAUGGGAGGACCUUUCGGAGGUAUGGGCAUGGGAGGAUCGGCGGCCAAUGCAGGUUCCCAAGGCAUGGGCCAGGGAUUCGGAAGAUAA